AUGACCGUCGAGGAGGUGAUCGUUUUCCGGAGCCUGACAACUAAACUUCGGGUCGAGAAUCUUCAUUACGACCUGACUGAGGACGAAAUCUACACUCUUUUCGAACGCAUCGCCCCUGUCUUGGACGCCAAACUCCGCUAUGAUAGAGCGGGACGUUCUGAAGGUGUAGCCUUCGUCACCUAUCAACAUGUUGCCGAUGCCAGGACUGCCAUCCGGGAGUUUGAUGGUGCCAACGCCAAAGGACAACCAAUCUAUCUCACACUUCUCCCGCUCCCAAGAAGGGACAAUCCUUUCGACCGAGUCGAAAAUCCCAGGAGUCUAUUUGACAGAAUCGAACCGCCAAAUGGCCGUGGUCGGAGGCGAAGUGCCAGCCCUAUGGAGGAAAUUGAGGAUGACCGUGCUGGCCGACGCCCCGCGCGCAGAGGCAACCCGAGAGAUCGAAGAAGCGACAUAACUAGACCUGCUCCUGAAAACAUCGAUCGCUACAUUCCUGGGCAGCGUGAUGGUCGAAGCUCAAGUCAUCGUGGAGGUAGAAGACCGGGCGAGAGGCGUGAGCGUGGUACAAGAGAGAUAGAAGGCCACAGAACGGCCAAUGGCAGACCACGGAAGACGGUCGAAGAGCUCGAUGCUGAGAUGGAUGAUUACUGGGGAGGUGCUGGGCAUGCCCAGGGCGAGGCUGAGAACAACGUCGCUCCCGCCGCACAGGGGACUCGUCCCGGAGGAGGAGAUGAUGUUGACAUGAUCGAAUGA